UUCAGCACCAGCUUCAACAUCUCCAAUUCCUGCCUCCACACUCGCAUUCUCCUCCGCUGCCAUCUUCUUCGUUGAUUGUCUGUGUUUCUUGUCUGCCAUCAGCAACAAUGCUUGCCGCACGAAGAGCUUUUGGCUUUGCCCAGCGCCGGGCUUUCUCUGCCUCCGCGCCCCAGGCCUCUAAAGUCACCGUCCUCGGUGCUGCUGGUGGCAUUGGCCAGCCAUUGUCACUGUUGAUGAAGCUUAACCCUCGCGUUACCCAACUUGCUCUAUACGAUAUCCGGGGAGGCCCAGGUGUUGCCGCUGAUCUUAGCCACAUCAACACAAACAGUACUGUCACCGGCUAUGACCCUACUCCCUCUGGCCUUCGGGAGGCCCUGAAGGAUUCUGAGAUCGUCCUCAUCCCGGCUGGUGUUCCUCGCAAGCCCGGCAUGACUCGUGAUGAUUUAUUCAACACCAACGCCUCCAUUGUCCGUGACUUAGCCAAAGCUGCUGCCGAGGCCUCUCCCAAGGCUAACAUCCUUGUCAUCUCCAACCCCGUCAACUCCACUGUCCCAAUCGUCGCCGAAGUCUUCAAGUCCAAGAACGUAUACAACCCCAAGCGCCUCUUCGGUGUCACCACCCUUGACGUUGUCCGUGCCUCCCGCUUUAUCUCCCAAGUCAAGGGCACCGACCCUGCGAACGAGAAGGUCACAGUCGUCGGUGGCCACUCUGGCGUCACCAUCGUCCCCCUGGUCUCUCAAUCCAAUCAUGGAGACAUCUCCGGCGAGAAACUCGACGCCCUCGUCAACCGCAUCCAAUUCGGCGGCGACGAGGUCGUCAAGGCCAAGGAUGGUGCCGGCUCCGCCACCCUUUCCAUGGCCAUGGCCGGUGCCCGGUUCGCUGAGAGUCUGCUCAAAGCCUCCCAGGGCGUCAAGGACGUCAUCGAACCCACGUUCGUCGACAGCCCGCUCUACAAGGACCAGGGCAUCGAUUUCUUCGCGUCCAACGUCCGUCUUGGACCCAAUGGUGUCGAGGAGAUCAUGCCCGUUGGCGCCGUCUCGCCAUAUGAGCAGAAACUCGUCGAUGCCUGCCUGGUUGAUUUGAAGAAGAACAUUGCUAAGGGUGUUGAGUUCGUCAAGAACAACCCAUAAGCGAUGAAACUGAAAUAAUUUUUUUUAAUACCUGUCUCUCCUUUCUCACCCCCUCUUUGUCUCCCACCCCUCUCUUCCUCCGUCCGUUUCCCGCGGAGUUUUCUUUUUAACUCUGCGGUCCCGUUCUACUUUUAGACGCUUCUAAGCUCCACACAUCCUGUACACCACCUACCUCCUAAAAGGAUAAAUUUAAAACACAAUUUUAAUGAGAAAAAUCGUUUUCAAAUC